AUUAUGUUAAUUUUACAUUUCGUGUUUAUAUUGUUCUUGUUGUUUUAGCUGUUCAACUGAACUAUCAACAUUUUGUUUUCUGUUGCGUUCUGACUAAACUGUUUUCUUGUUAGCUUUUGAAAAAUUUCGAAAGUGAAGAAAGCAUGGAAAAAAUAACUUUUUUAGUAUCUUUUUACUUUCUCGUCGCUGGAUUAGCAGCAAAAAACACCACCACCGUUGAGUACAAUAUACGUGUUAAAACUGGUAAUGGAGCAGGAUGUGGAACAGACUCUUCAUUUAACUUAACUUUCAUUGGCGCUGAUGGAGAAAAUGUAACUUUUUUGUUGGAUGGUGAGGGAGAGAAGCUGGAAACAUCAAAAAGGGACGAUUUCAUCUUUAAUGGCGAUAAAGUUUAUUCAAUAGAUCGAAUGAACUUACAACGUGUGCAGAAAAAAGGAUGGAGCGCGGAUUGGUACAUUCAUUGGUUAACUGUAGAAGUCGACGACACGUUGUACGUCUUUCGAAUAAACCGAUGGAUUCGAAAUGACGUUGUUCAUCAUUAUUAUGGAACACUAGGGAUGUGUAAAGAUGGAUUCAAAAGAAUACAAGAAUGCCGGAAAGAAAAAUAGAAAAUUGCAUAUAUCUUAUUGAUUUUGUAUUUUUGUGGAAUACACGUUUUGAUUGGCGCGCGUUCACCCUUG